AUGGAGGACCCAGGGGAGCACCUGCUGGCCAUCGUGUUGGACACCAACCUCACCUCAGUGGUGUCAAGCGGUGGCGACGCGGGCGCCGUGCUAGACUCGAUCCUGGCCUUCUGCAAUGCCCACCUUAUGUCCAGCACGGCUAACCUGCUCUGUCUGACGGUGGCACACGGCCGCGAGAACCGCGUGCUCUUCCCGCCCGAGCUCGACGACGGUCAGUCGGCGCAGGCGCACUACGAACUUUUCUCACAGUCCAGCAGUGGCAUCGUGCGCCAGCUGAAGGCGAUGAUGGAGGCGGCGCCGCCCGACCUGCUGACGAGCGCGCCGAUGGCCGCCGGUCUGGCCAUGAGUCUGUGCUUCAUCAGCCGGGUGAGCCGCGAGCGGCCGCCGCACGCGCGCCUCCAGAAGCGCGUGCUGAUUGUCUCCGGCCAGGGCACCGUGUCGGCCCAGUACAUGGACCUGAUGAACGUUUUCUUCACGGCGCAGAAGCUGGAGAUCCAGGUGGACGCGUGCGUUCUGGGCGCCGAGUCGGGCGUGCUGCAGCAGGGCGCCGACAUUACGGGUGGUGUGUGUGUGCGCGUGCCGCAGCCGCGCGGCCUGCUGCAGUACCUGCUCUGGGCGUUCCUGCCGUUCGGCGAGCAGCGCCAGAAGCUGGCGCUGCCCGAGCCGCCCGUGGUCGACUACCGCGCCGCCUGCUUCUGCCACCGGCAGCUGGUGAGCGUCGGCUUCGUCUGCUCCGUCUGCCUGUCCAUCUUCUGCAAGUUCGCGCCCAUCUGCUCCACCUGUCACACGGUCUUCAAGGUGAAGGGCAUGUCGCUGCCCAAACCGAGCAAGCGGAAACGGCCCAAGCAGGGACUGUGAUAGACUGGUGAAAUUGGAGUGUCGCGCAUGUGCUGGAUUGGUCUCGGCACCAGUACAGAUAUUACUAGACACUCUCGUUGGACAAGGACGGUGUGGGACGCGACACGUGCUGAACAAAGACUGUGUUUCUGAUGUUAUGCGAUAAACAAAAUACAUUAACUUUGUAUA